CUCUUCUAAAUAAAGCUCACCAAUAACAUUCACAUGUAUAAACAAAAAAGACCAGAGACAAGGUCAACCGCGAUCGGAGGUUCGUAUCUACCGAAUAUGGUGCUCCUUUAGAGUAUGGAGUUCCCUUUUGACGUCCAAAGUCUUCUACCGGGGGAGAUCACUCGCUUAGUGGGUGAGAAACUGCCACAUACGCUCAGUUCUUCAAGAAAAACAUCCAGUCACGAUGACCAGCUCGCAAUUAUCGUGAAUGAGAUGGGCAUAGCAUCUGCAAAGGCUCAGGGACUUCGUCUACCCAUCACCACUUACGAUAAACUGGUCGCCUCUAAUCAUAUCCUCUAUAUCACGUCCGACAAUGGAGGGCAAAGGGGAUCAGUGAUUGGUAUUCUCAAGCUGGGCCUCAAGCGAUUGUUCCUCACGGAUAGAGUGGGCGUGGUGCAUGAGGUGGAGCCUCUGUGUGUGCUCGACUUCUACGUCCACGAGUCUCGUCAGAGGAGUGGGUGUGGCAAGCGACUGUUUGAGGAGUUGCUCAAGGCGGAGAACGUGAAGCCAUAUGAGGUUGCCAUUGACCGUCCCUCUCCCAAGUUCCUCGGUUUCCUCAAGAAGCACUACCAGCUGGCAUCGUUUGUCAGUCAGGCGAAUAACUAUGUUGUGUUUGACCAGUUCUUCUCGACAUGCAAAGACAUGGGGCGACAGUCUCGAAGGUAUUCCCUCUCCUCUGUUGCUAAGAAAUUGACAGUGGAUCGACCCGACCCAGUUUCUCUACCAACAGCUGCGCACAUUCCAGCACAAACCACACCCUUCAACACCUCUGCAGAAUUCAGCUGGAGCCCUGAAAAUGCUUCAAAAAGUUUAAACUCGAGUUUUUCGUCUCAGACUAGAGAAAGAGAAUUUAAUAUAAUUACUGGACAACAUAAAGGGGCUGACUCUUUCAAUAAUGUUUAUCUUCAAGGCAAUAACUCCCUCUGGACAAAAAGACAGACCAAUAGUUUUAGCGGUGGAGACGACGUUGAUAUUCUAAGGAAGACAAAAAUGACUCAACACAUUGAGCCGUGUUUGGGUGAGAACAAAGCGCCUCAUCUCAACAUGCGUCGUGGUAGUAACCCACGGAGACUGUGGGGGGACAGUGAACACUACAAGGCAUCGAGUGCAAGUCAUGUGACGUCAGGAGCUGGUGGUCAUGUGAGAUACUCUCGGCACGCAGGAGCAGGAGGAGGCAGCUUACCACACUCUGGGAAUGAUAUCAAAAUCUCUGGGAAUAGUGCAAGACUUAAAGCCAGGACUCACAAACACUAUCUUUAAUUCAUGAACCAGUAUAUUAUAGUUCGUCUCACAUUAUCUUGAUUUUGUUAGGCAUCAUAUUGUACGUGGUCAGAUACAUGUUUCAUUUUCAAGUAAUAAUAACGAUGCAAACAA